AUGACUCUGUAUUCAAUUAUUCUGCCAACUUACAAUGAGAAAGAUAACUUGCCGAUUUGUCUUUGGUUGAUUAACAAACACUUGACUGCCGCUGGGGUGAAUUAUGAAGUAAGUUGACCUAAUUUUUUUUUUUUAGAAAUUACUAUAAUAUUUUAGGUGAUUGUUAUCGACGAUUCCAGUCCAGAUGGAACUUACGACGUUGCCAAGAAGCUUGUAGAAGAAUUCGGAAGUGAUAAGAUAAUACUGAAAAGCCGACCCGGCAAGUUGGGAUUGGGAAGUGCUUAUGGAGAAGGCAUAAAACACGCAAAGGGAGAGUUCGUUAUCCUCAUGGACGCCGAUCUUUCUCAUCAUCCAAAGUUUAUUCCAACGAUGGUGGAGGUCCAGAAGAGGGAUGGAGUAAGCUGUAUUAUCUACGAUUACCCAUUUUAGUCUGAUAUUGUCACUGGCAAUCGAUAUCUGCCUGAUGGUGGAAUUUAUGGCUGGGAUGCUAAGAGGAAGAUAAUUUCUGUGGGCGCCAACUUUGUGUCCCAAACUGCUCUCCAAAUCAGAAAUUACACGGAUCUGACUGGCUCUUUUAGGUUAUAUAAAAAGGAAGUCCUGAGUGAUUUGAUCUCCAGAUCCAUUUCCAAGGGAUAUGUAUUCCAAGUAGGUGAAUCCAGAAAAUUUUUGAUGAUUUAGAUGGAGAUGAUGGCACUGGCCUACCACAAAUACAAGAUCUCCCAGAUUCCCAUAACUUUUGUGGAUCGAGUUUACGGGGAAUCUAAACUGGGAUCAAACGAGAUCUUCGGGUUUGUGAAAGGGUUAAUUCACUUGUUCACAACUGUCCACUACUAG